GAAUUCGUGAUAAUGGAAUUUUUUUUCUGUUUUGUUUUGUUUUGUUUAUAUAUAUAUAUGAAUGAUUUUUAGAUUAAUUUUCAUUCAAUUACAUAUCAACAGUUAGCUAGAUCUGGCCAGAAACGAAAUUGACGGCCAUUUUUUUUCGAUAAUAAAGUUUCGAAAACCAACCACCGAAUUCGAUGAUCUUAAUUUUAAACAACGGCAUCGUCGUCGUAUGAGUUUACCGAUGACAAAUCGUCCAACCAUGGAACAAGAAUCAAUUGUUGAGAAAAUGGAACGUUUAAUGGCCAGUCAGAAUGUGACCGAUGUACCAAAAACGGCUGGUCUUGUGGCCAAAAUUGUUAGCUCAUUGGAUACGGCUGCAGCAGCCGCUGCAGCUGAAUUAGCUAAAACAUCAACAGUAAGACAGAAAUCAAUAUCACCAGAAUCUGGUAAUAGAAAUAAACAACAGCAACAAUCAACUAAUCGUUCACGUCGUGAUUCAAAUGCUUCACAUUCAUCAAUGGGAUCAUCAUACACAAGUGAUGAAGAAGAUUCGGAUGAAGAUGAUGAUAUUGAUUCAAUUUCACCACGAUUUCGACAACCACGACCAAUUAAUACAAAAAAACAAUCUGAUUUUUGUGUACGCGAUAUUCGUGAUGCUGAAUUUGGCCGUAGAGAGAUUGAAUAUGCUGAACGUGGUAUGCCAGGUAUUAUGGCCUUACGAGAAUCGGCCAAAGAUGAUCAACCAUUAAAAGGAGCUCGUGUGAUGGGUUGUACACACAUCAAUGCUCAAACAGCUGUUUUGAUUGAAACUUUGCUAGAUUUAGGUGCUACUGUACGUUGGUCAUCAUGUAAUAUUUAUUCUACUCAGGAUUCUGUUGCCGCUGCAUUGGCUGAACGUGGUGUACCAGUUUUUGCUUGGGCUAGACAAAGUGAAGAUGAUUUCUGGUGGUGUAUCGAUCAGUGCCUUACCACCGAUUCAUGGCGUCCAAAUCUAAUUCUUGAUGAUGGUGGUGAUGCUACACAUUUAAUGUUGAAAAAAUAUCCGGCAUCCAUUAAAUUGUUGAAAGGAAUUGUUGAAGAAUCAUUGACCGGUGUACAUCGUUUAUAUCAGCUAUCGAAAACCGGUAAACUUUUAGUACCGGCCAUCAAUGUUAAUGAUUCGGUAACCAAGACCAAAUUCGAUAAUCUCUAUUCACCACGUGAAUCCAUAAUUGAAGUAUUGAAACGUACUACUGAUACAUUAUUGGGUGGACAUAUUGCUCUUGUCUGUGGCUAUGGAGAAGUUGGUAAAGGUUGUGCAUCCGCAUUAAAAGGUGCCGGUGUCAUUGUUUUUGUGACCGAAAUUGAUCCAAUCUGUGCGAUACAAGCUUGCAUGGAUGGUUUUCGUGUUGUAACAGUGAAUGAAAUGAUUUCAGUUGCUGAUAUUGUCAUUACUGCCACCGGUAAUAAGAAUAUUAUUAUUCGCAAACAUAUGGAUAAAAUGAAAGAUGGUGCCAUACUCUGUAAUAUGGGACAUUCCAAUAGUGAAAUUGAUGUUAAAAGCAUUCGAACAUCGGAUUUAAUUUGGGAAAAAAUCCGAUCACAAGUGGACCAUAUAAUUUGGCCAAAUGGAAAACGGCUAAUUCUACUUGGACAGGGUCGUAUUGCAAAUCUAAGCUGCUCACAUAUGCCAUCAUUUGUUGCAUCAAUCACCUGUACUACACAGGUAAUGGCAUUGAUUGAAUUGUAUAAAGCACCAUCUGGUCGUUAUAAAUCGGAUGUUUAUCUAUUACCGAAAAAGAUGGAUGAAUACGUAGCUAGUCUACAUUUGGCUUCAUUCGAUGCUCAUCUUACUAUUCUAACUGAAGAACAAGAAAAAUAUAUGGGUAUUUCUAAAUCGGGUCCAUUCAAACCGAAUUAUUAUCGGUAUUGAAAAUUAUGGAUUUUUUUCUGGCAAAAAACGCUUUUAAUGAUUGCGGACACAUUGUGAAGCUGCCUGAUUUUUUUUUCUUUCGUCAAUUUCCUUGCACCAGUUGAAUCAACAACAAUGGCCAUGAUGUCAUUUUUGAUUGUUACCGUUAUUGUAUGCACACAAACAAACACUCACUAUAAGCCUUUUAUUUUGAUUUGAUAAAUCUAAAUCCUUCAAUAUUAGUUAUUAUCUUCAAUUGAUCAAUGAUCGAAAAAAAUGAUCAUUUCAACAUUCGACAACCAACUCACCAAUAGGAAUAGCCAAGGGGUUUUCCAUUGACCAAUAAUCCAACAACGACUAUAUAUUUUUUUUUUUUUUAUUUAUUUCCCAAGUUUACUAUAUGAAAAUGAUCGAAUUUAAAAAGUGUACCUCAUUUUAAAAAAAUUUAAAUAAAAAAUCUUGGUUUUUCCCCUCAUGCUCA